UUCCUAGUCGCUGGUCUGGCUAACGGUUCUCUGCCUUAUUCUUGCUGCCAUUCCGAAUCUUCUUUACCCGACAAUAUCCUGUCUCCUGCAAACCCCGAGGCUGUAAACUUGGCACCGUUGUCCAUCGCCUCCAUCCCGAAUUCUGACUUCCCUUGGAGGCCUGAAUCAUACGCUAUUCUUUUUUAUUCCUCUCCCGUAUUUUGCCCUCGCCAUACCUCUCGACAAAACCCGUUUACUAUUCUUAAGGCCAACCCAUUGGUUUAA